CGGCACACUUGGAUCCUCGGGAAAUAUGGUGCACGAUCGCAACACACGGCGACGAAAUCACCUUACUGGAGGCCCCUCACGCGACGUGCGAGCUCUCUUUCUCUCUCGCACUCAUAUAAUCGCUUCUCAAUCACUGGGCACGAAGAAUUUCUGCGUGUUUAAUCCAGUCACGCGCUUGCUGCGAGCUCGCUGCCGAUUCCUGCGUCUCCCUGUGUCUCACGUGUCACCCAGUGCCUAGAUCUCUCACAACUCCUCUGUGCGCCGUUUGGUCAGGUUGGUGGCGGUGAUUUCUUUUGGUUGCCUCGUUUGCCACAUUGGGGCGAGAGAGUUCGGCGCGGAUCUCAGCUGGGUGGAGUUUCAAGGAUGUUAGAGGACUUCUAAGGAUUUUUUUAGAGGUUGAGUUUGUGUGUUUUGGGCUCAUUGUUUGUGGAUUUGGAUUUGGACAGUGGGUUUAGAUUUCAAGACAAUGUCAAACGAGGUGCACGCUGUUGGUGACAAGGUUGAGCCUGGAUCUGUGGAUACGGUGCUGGAGAGUGUGGCCAUGGAGAACGGGGUGGCCGCAAAGCGCAGUCCUGUCAAAGACUUGAAAGUUGUCUUUGUCUUGGGUGGACCUGGCAGUGGGAAGGGCACACAGUGUGCCAAGAUUGUUGAUACCUUUGGAUUUGUACACCUAAGUGCGGGGGACUUGUUGAGAGCUGAAAUCAACUCUGGAAAUGAAAACGGAACAAUGAUUCAAAACAUGAUCAAGGAGGGCAAGAUAGUCCCCGCAGAAGUGACUGUAAAGCUUCUUGAAAAGGCUAUGAAGGAGAGUGACAAUGACAAGUUUCUCAUUGAUGGGUUCCCCCGCAACUUAGAUAACCGCAAGUGCUUUGACGAAGUGACUGGCAUCGAGCCGCAGUUUAUUCUAUUCUUUGACUGCCCGGAGGACGAAAUGGAGAGACGUCUUUUGGGUCGCAACCAGGGUCGAGUUGAUGAUAAUAUUGAGACUAUCCGCAAGAGGUUUAAGGUUUUCAUUGAUUCUAGCCUACCGGUUGUGGGCCACUACGAAGAAUGCGGCAAGGUUCACAAGAUUGAUGCAACCAAAACCCCAAGUGAAGUGUUUGAAUCGAUUAAACCACUCUUCAAGCAUUUCAAGCAGACGGAUUCAGAGAUUCAAGUUGAGCUAGUUGAAGCAAUCAAAAACCACAGUAUUAGGAGCACUCCAGUUGCAGCUUAGGAAAUCUAGGAGCACCGGUCUUUUGCUUUUGAUCAUCAUCUAUACAAUCACCUUUGAGAUGGUGAGCAAUCUACAGGCAGCCACUCCACGACUUUUUCCGACCGCAGAACCGAGUUGUCCUUUUUUAAACUUGUGGUUGUUAUUCUUGCUCACUUAUGAUUAGAGCAUCUUAAGCCUUUCAGCAUGGAAACCUCGAACUUCACGUAUAUAUCAAUAAAAGCAAUUUUAGAUUUUUACACUUCAG